CAGUUUCAACAAAUGUGAAAAUAAGUUAUUUUUAACAGUGUAACCAACUGCAGCUAGCCAUACAUACACUUUGCCAGUUCAAAGUUUUGCAGGUAUUUACCUACAGGGUCGAACAGAGGACGAACUGGGGAUGAUGUUUGGCGUCAACCACAUUGGUCACUUCCUAUUAACCAACCUGUUGCUGGACCGGCUGAAGGAGUGUGAACCCAGCAGGGUAGUCAGCUUGUCGUCUGUCGCACAUAACUUUGGAACAAUUAAUUUUGACUGUCUGAACACCCACAAAGCUCUGGGACUGGGGACCUCAUUCAUGGAGGUUCUCCAGAUCUAUUCUGACAGCAAGCUAUGCAACGUUCUCUUCACCCACGAGCUGGCCAAGAGACUCCAGGGAACCAAGGUCACCUGUUACUGCCUCCACCCAGGAGCUAUCAACUCUGAGCUGGCAAGGAACACUAACUCAGUGAUGCAAAUGGUCCUGAAGCCCCUGACUGCCUUUUUCUUCAAAGACACCAUUCAGGGUUCCCAGACCACCCUACACUGUGCUGUCCAGGAGGGGAUCGAACUUCUGAACGGACGUUACUUCUCAAACUGCACCGUCAGAGAAGUGUAUGCUAAAGCCAAGGAUGACGCUGCCGCAAAGAAGCUGUGGGAGCUCAGUGAGAGACUGUCUGGUCUCGCAUAAAAAGCUUCCCAUCUAAUUCCUGAUCGUGGGUUGUCAUUGUUUCUCUAAGACAUUAAUUAUGGAAAAAUAUCCUUGAAGGUACCUUACCACAUAACAUGAUGAGGUUAGCUGGCAGGCAAGAUAAGUCAAGUAAUGAAAGGUAAAGAAAAGAACCAGUCUGACUAGACGGACUCUCUUGGAGUUGCCAUGACUUGGUAGUUUUUACAGCGUAUUCAUGUUGAUGUUUAUUUUGCAUAUUGUAUUGUAUAAGAUGUGCACUCAAGGAAAAUGUAAUAAAUGAUUAUGUAACAGUUUGUUGAAAUGUAAU